UGGAGUUGGCGGCGGCGCGGCGGGGCAGGAGCGGGAGCGGAGCGGUGACAAAGCGGGGACAGAACAACCGCAGCCAUGUCGAUUAUGUCCUACAACGGCGGGGCCGUCAUGGCCAUGAGGGGCAAGGACUGCGUGGCCAUCGCCGCGGAUCGGCGCUUCGGGAUCCAGGCUCAGAUGGUGACCACGGACUUCCAGAAGAUUUUCCCGAUGGGCCAAAGGCUCUACAUCGGCCUGGCCGGGCUGGCCACGGACGUGCAGACCGUGGCCCAGAGACUGAAGUUCAGGCUGAAUCUCUACGAGCUGAAGGAAGGGAGGCAGAUCAAACCCCAGACCUUCAUGAGCAUGGUGUCCAACCUGCUCUAUGAGAGGAGGUUUGGUCCCUACUACACAGAGCCGGUGAUUGCGGGGCUGGACCCCGUGAGCCACGAGCCCUUCAUCUGCUCUCUGGACCUCAUCGGCUGCCCCAUGGUCACCGACGACUUCGUGGUCAGUGGCACCUGCUCCGAGCAGAUGUAUGGCAUGUGUGAAUCCCUGUGGGAGCCCGACAUGGAGCCCGAGCACCUCUUCGAGACCAUCUCCCAGGCCAUGCUCAACGCCGUGGACAGGGACGCCAUUUCCGGCAUGGGCGUGGUGGUGCACGUCAUAGAGAAAGACAAGAUCACCACCAGGACCCUGAAGGCUCGCAUGGAUUAGCCCAGCUCAGCUGCUCUGUGCCACUCAGGACUUUUUAAAAUAAAACAAAACUUCCCUCAA